UCUAUAAAAAGCCCAUCUACUAUCUACCAGAGUACAGGACGUACACAACAAUGGGGGUACAUGAAGUAUUUACAAACACCAACAGGCUUUAAACCACAUGGAUUAGCACAAUGUGGAUCGGGCCGUCUACUAGUCUGUCUCUGGAAUCAAAAGCCGCGUGAAAAAUCUCAAGGAAAAGUCUGCAAGUUGUUUGUAAAUGAUACAAUGCAACAAAUAUGUGAAUAUGAAUACGAUAAAAGUACUCCAUUAUUCAAAUGUCCGACGUACAUCACAGAAAAUGGUAACGGAGACAUAUGUGUAUCGGAUGAAGGAGCUGUGGUAGUGCUGAACGAAGUAGGAAUGCUCCGAUUUCGAUACAAAGGUCUCGCCGAGGAUCCGAACUUUGAUCCGUACGGAAUUUGUACGGAUUCUUCGCGGAAUAUUAUCAUUGCUGAUAUGAAGAACGACAAGAUACAUAUGAUUGAUGAAACUGGUGGAUUCGUUUGUUAUGUGCGGUAUGAGAAUAUGGAGAUGCCUCGGGCCUUGUGUGUUGGUCAGGAUAACAAACUCUAUGUUGGAGAAUGGAAAUCUGGUUUGAUCAAAGUCCUCUCACUUACAUGAACAGAAGUUUCUAUAGCUUUG